AUGGAUGAUGCUGAAGACUUCCAGGACCUGUUCUGUCACAUGAUGAUGUCUUUUGAUGAGGAAGACGAAGAGUUCCUCAGAAACAUUCUUCAGCAGCAGCCACCUGGUACUGGAAAUAAUAAUGAUGAUAAUAACAACUAUCAUUUGUCUUCUUCUCAAAGUGAAGAUAAAUCCUUUCCCACCGUCGAUUUCUCUAACGACAGCUCCGGCAACCGUGGUGGUUCGAAUGAUAACAAAAACCGCGUGAUGUCUGCUAAAGCAUACAUUUUAUCGUUUGAUCAAUCCAACGUAAUACCGGCAGAAGAAGCAAUCUCAAAGCACGAAGAAUAUGGUACCUCGGAACUUGGUUCAUUAAAAAGGAUGAGAGAAACACGUAAUGUUGAGCCCAGAAAGAAGGCUAGAAACUGUUCAGAGACUGCGAAUCAUAUAAUGGCGGAGAGGAGGAGAAGGCAGCAACUCACAGAGAGAUUUAUUGCACCUUCGGCAGCUAUUCCUGGCUUGAAGAAGAUGGACAAAGCCACAAUUCUUCAAGAAGCCACCAAAUACGUGAAGCAGUUUCGAGAGAGAAUAACAGAACUAGAGAAACAAAAUAGCUUCAACGCAUCAGAGUCAUCGAUGAGAUAG